UACCCAAGUUCAAGACUUCCUGGACUGACAGAGCAGAUGUAACAGAGGCUGCCUUGACAUACAUCAAACAACAUCUUGAAACGACAGAGCAUGAGAGUGAGGAUCAGCAAAGAGAGUCAUCUGAUGAAGAUGAAUUCUUCUCCAGACCAAUCUCCAGAAGGCUGCAAAGUGCAGUUGAGCUUGAUGGUUACCUUGCUUGUGCCACAGACACCAUGGAGCUGCUGCACUCCUUCUCAGGUGAAGGUGCUGCCCACCCAUGAUACCAGCAAGGUGCGUGCAAGUGGAUCCGGCCUUAACACCACUGGAGCGCCCACCUCUCUGCCAGUGAAGGUCACCAUUGAUGCCAAAGAUGCAGGACCCAGAGGGGAAGCCCAAGAAGCAGAUAUCUGUGACAGCCAUGAUGGGACCUACCUGGUGUUUUAUGUGCCAGACAUGACUGACAGAUACACCACUCUCAUUAAGUACGGAGGAGACAAGAUCCCUUAUUCACCCUACUGAAUCAGGGCUCUGCCCACUGGAGAUGCCAGCAAGUGCACUGUCACUGAAUGUUGUCCAGUGGCCAGCUGCUCGGUCCAUCCAGACUCCCCUCGAUAUACAACAGUGAUGCCAGCAACUCAAAUACAAGCUCUCUCCAAGUGAUUCCUUCAUCAUCAACAUCUGCAUCCAUGAUCCAUUAGCUCAACAGCAACAUCUGUCAGCUGUGCAUCCAACUCGGGGGAAUCGCCUGCUGUGCUCAGCCAGUGGGCCGCAAUUUCUGUGCCUUGUUGAUGGCCUCGCUGUAUCCUGUGCUGGAG